AUGUCAGUCAUCACCCAAGCCAUCUCUAACUUUACUUCGUCCUCCGGCAAGGCCAGCGUCCUUGCAAAGCACGACAAUGACGUUGUUAUCGUCUCUGCCGUCCGCUCUGCGGUCACAAAGUCAAAGAAGGGAGGGUUCAAAGACACAAGGCCAGAAGAAAUUCUGUCUGGCGUCCUUCGUGCAGCAUACACAAGGGCCAGCCUUGAUCCUGCAGCCAUUGAAGAUAUCUGUAUCGGCAACGUUCUUCCAGCGGGAGGCGGCGCUGCCGCUGCUCGCAUGGCUGCGUUGCAUGCGGGCAUCCCAACAGAAACCCCCGUGAGCACGGUCAACAGGCAGUGUUCAUCCGGCCUCCAUGCUGUCAACGCCAUCGCUGCCCAGAUCACGACCGGCCAAAUCGACAUCGGCAUUGGUGCUGGAGUUGAGUCUAUGACAUUCGGAUACAAUGCUGGCGUGAAUCCGGACGGCUUUUCAGAGGCGGUCCUCUCGCAUCCGCUCGCAGAGGACUGCCUUCUUCCUAUGGGCAUCACUUCCGAGAACGUUGCGUCCGACUUCCACAUCUCCCGCGCGGAUCAAGAUGCAUUCGCCGCAUCAUCCUUCCAGAAAGCUGCGAAGGCUCAGAAAGAAGGACGCUUUGCUCCCGAGAUCAUCCCCCUUGAAGUGUCCUGGGUCGACCCGAAAACUGAGAAGGAGACAACGCUCGUCGUUGAACAUGACGAUGGCGUGAGAGACGGUGUUACCGCAGAGAGCUUGGCGAAACUCAAGCCUGCAUUCACAAAGGAUGGUAGUACGCAUGCAGGGAAUGCGUCGCAAGUAUCCGACGGCGCGGCUGCUGUGGUUCUCGCUCGGCGCUCCGUUGCCGUACGUCUGGGGCUUCGCAUUAUCGGAAAGUAUGUCGCAGGCGUGGCCGUUGGCGUCCCGCCGCGCAUCAUGGGAGUCGGACCCCUCUACGCCAUCCCCAAGGUACUCGAGAAGACGGGACUGAAAAAGGAGGAUGUCGACUUCUUCGAAAUCAACGAAGCAUUUGCGAGCCAGGCGUUGUACUGCGUGCGAGAGCUCGGCAUCGACCAGAAGAAGGUAAACGUAUGGGGAGGCGCCAUCGCUAUUGGCCACCCUCUCGGAUGCACUGGUGCGCGCCAAGUCGCGACAGGAUUCAACAUUGCGAAGCAGACGGAUAGCAAAAUUUUCGUCACUAGCAUGUGUAUAGGAACAGGCAUGGGCAUGGCUGCCGUUUUUGUCAACGAGCAGUAA